AUGGUGAUCAUGGCGCCCGAACGAACAGUGACAACGGAUUACUUCGCCGACGAUGACGGAGACAACUACUCGAUCACCACGAAAGCAAGCACAAUCACCAUGGACGAGCCAUCGAAGCACAACGACGCCAGCGAGCACUCUCCCCUCCUGGCCACAUCACCCGCAAAACCAGGCUCAUACAUCGAGCUUCCACCCCGCAAGAGUCGCAUAUCAUACCGCUCCCUCCUCCUCGUCUUGAUCGCCAUGGUAAUCCUGAGCAGCGCCUCCGACCAAAUCAUCCAAAGCCCCCAAAUGCGCAUCUUCGAAUCCAUAAUCUGCUACCGACACUACGAGCAAGCGGAUCCAAGCAGGAUCCUGCUGGGAAGAGCAACGGUAGGCCCGGGAGCUAUCGGCGGAGUGGCAGAAGCGGACUGCAAGAUCGAUGAGGUGCAGGGAGAACUAGCUAUGCUCAAUGGGUAUCAACAAUUCUUCAAUGGCUUUCCAUCGCUUCUGCUUGCUAUACCGCUAGGCUGGGCAGCGGAUAGAUAUGGGAGGAAGCCUUUCCUCGCAGUAGGAUUGGUGUCAUUCGCAGCCCGAGCAAGCUGGGUCCAGCUUGUAACCUGGUUCUGGCAAGCAUUCGACAUCCGGCUGACUUGGCUUUCCACGCUACCCACUCUGGUUUCUGGUGGAGAUGUCGUAAUCUCUGGCCUCUUCUUCGUCUUGCUAUCGGAUAUUGUGCCGGAAGCAGAAAGAGCAUCUACAUUCCUUCGAGUCGGUGCUUGCAGUAUCUUGGCCAGUGUGGCUAUGCCUCCCUUCGCGGCUAUGCUAAUGCAGACGAAUCCGUGGAUACCGUGUCUUAUCGGUCUCGUACUUAACUUCAUACCAAUGUUCCUGCUUAUUCUGGUGCCGGAGACCCUGAACUAUCGCAAGCAUCUCUCACCAUACGACUCGUUUCCCCCCACACCCUCAGAAGAAACUCAGCCUGGACCACCAGACCUCGCCGACAACAACCCACCUAUGUCAGCCAACUAUGCUGCCCGAAUCGCAAGCCAGGUCGUCUCGGCGACAGACUUUCUUACAGCAGAUUGGCGAAUCCCAGCACUCAUCCUGCCCUUCUUCGGUCAUAUGCUCAUGUUCAACGCCACACAACUCCUUCUCCAAUAUAUGAGCAAACGCUACCACAUCACCUUUUCAAAAGCCACACUUCUCAACACAAUCUUCAACGGAGUCAAGAUCUUAGGUCUCUUCCUCAUCCUCCCUUACAUCUCGAAAGUCAUCAUGCGUAUCUUCAAGUUUUCCGAUCAGAGAAAGGAUCUCUACUUAGCACGAGGCACGCAGGUCUUACUAGCGGUCGGAUAUCUCUUCAUCGGACUCUCACCAACUGUGCCGUCGGCAGUGCUGAGCAUGACGCUCGCGGCAUUAGGGAUGGGCACUUAUCUCUUCGUCCGAAGUUUCCUGACAUCACUGGUUCCUUCACAUCAUAUCGCUAGGAUAUACAUGAUCAUCACGCUUCUUGAGACCUUAGGCGGUAUGUCCGGAGGUGCGCUUAUGGCUAAUUUGUUCAAGGGUGGUCUGCAGCUUGGCGGUGGUUGGAUUGGGCUGCCAUUCCUGUUCGUGGGUCUGGUGAUGUUGUGCUCCACGGCAUUGUUGUGUACUGUAAGAUUACGGCCUGGAGAAGACAGGAAGCAGGAUGGGGAUGAGCAGCAGAUGUGA